AUGAAUCGUUACAAGGUAAGUUAGUCUUCCAGAAUCGAUUCGGCUGACAAGUAGAUUGACUGCAACGGCUGAAUAAUCAUCGGCAGCUGACUGAAAAAUUGAGAACAUGGUUUUGGCGAAAGUUUUAUCCCUCCUGUGUGUCGUCCACUUUUCAUUAUCAUCACCUACGGCAACAACUAGUCCUCCCGAAACAGAGGGUGCAAAAGAGGCAAAGAAAUAUGCAGAAUUCGUCAUAGAUGGAAGGCUCGUCAGCGGAUGGGAUGCCAAUUCUCCAGAGUUUACCGAAGACGUGGAUUUGAGCAAUUUAGGGAUUGAAAUAUUGAUGGAAGAUGCGUUUGCGAAAUUUCAAGAUUUGAACGAGCUGAAUUUAUCAUGGAACAAUUUAACUUCGUCAAAAAACGUCGCCGCUUCACUCAAACGAACCAAGCCAGAUAUUCUGAACUUGUCACACAACAAUCUUGGUUCUCCUGAAGAAGAUUGGCCUGAGUCUUGGGAUGAUCGAUCCUACAAACAGAAUAAAACGUUUUUAUUAGAUUCGAAAUAUUUCUGGUCUAUCGAUCUAUCGCACAACAAUCUGGUAGGGUUGGGAAUCGAUUUCGAUGUCGUCCAUUUUAAUCUAUCAAACAACAAAAUAAAAUGUCAUAACGCGAUUGAAAAUCGUCGAUUCUACGGUGCUUCGAUAUUUGUCGCUAAUUUGGAUCUUUCGCACAACAUGAUAAACUGUCAGAAUAAGUUUUUUUUACCCGAUCUACAGAACCUGGACAUGUCUUACAAUAAACUCACGGCGAUAGAAUCCGGAUUGUUCGAAGGUCCGGCGCUUUUGGAAAAUUUAAAUUUGAGCCAUAACGCCAUCAGGUACAUCCACCCAUACGCGUUCCGAAGCUUGAUGUAUCUGCGAAACCUCGAUCUCAAGUUCAAUAAAAUUCGAACGAUUUACAAACGAGUUUGGGCACAAUCCUUGUCUCUGAAUUACAUAGAUUUAUCGUCGAAUAGGUUAAAUCACUUGGAUUGGAGAAGAACUUUCUUUUUUCAAAGGAGAAUUUCAUCGCCGAUUCAAGUUAACAUUGAGAACAAUACCAACGUAAAGUGUUCAUACAACAGUUCGGAGUUCAUAUUCAAUCAAGAAUGAGCUAGUGAUGAAUACUAUGUAAUAUUAAAAAUUUCAUAAAUUAUAUAGUUUUGUGAUAUUUGGGAUAUCAGAUUUUUCAUUCUCAAAUAUAUUCUUCUGUAAAAAUACACAAAUAAAUGAAUGCGCACGCCGAUUAAAUCAAA